AUAAGAUGGAUUAAAAACCGUGUCGCGUGCUGAGAGACAUCCGCGGAGCUGGGGGAGCUACCGCGCUAAUCCGCGAGCCCGCCUGCCCGCGCGCUCGAGCGCCCUUUGAGCUGCGGCUGACGUCAACGCCACGCGCGCGCUCCCCCUUUUCGCGGGUCGCUCAGUGGGUUGUCCUGGCAACGCGCGUGCAGCGUCGGCGUACCUGCCAGCUGCUGGAGAAGCGGAGAGGAAGAUGGAGGAGAACGGUAGAGACCUCGAUACUGGCAGCGAGACAGGAGGGGAUGAUGCUUUGCUGGGAAAUGUGAGCAAACUGGCUGUCACUCCUCCAGGACACACAGGAGCGGCCAGAAAAGGACACCUUGUCUUUGAUGCCUGCUUUGAGAGUGGCAAUUUGGGGCGUGUAGACUACAUUAGUGAGUUCGAGUUUGACCUCUUCAUCCGACCCGACACGUGCAACCCUCGCUUCCGAGUCUGGUUUAACUUCACCGUUGAGCAUGUCCGGGAGACACAGAGGGUUAUCUUUAACAUCGUGAACUUCAGUAAGACCAAGAGCUUGUACAGAGAUGGGAUGGCUCCGGUGGUGAAGUCAACUAGUCGACCUAAAUGGCAAAGAUUGCCGGCCAAGAAUGUGUAUUAUUACCGGUGCCCAGACCAUCGAAGGAACUAUGUGAUGUCCUUCGCCUUCUGUUUCGACCGCGAGGAUGACGUGUACCAGUUUGCCUACUGUUACCCCUACACCUACUCUCGCCUACAGCACUAUCUGUCCAGCCUUGAGCAAAGAAACCUAGACUACCUAAGGAGAGAGCAGCUGGGUCUCAGUGUGCAACAGCGAAAGUUGGACCUCCUCACCAUCACUAACCCCGCUAACCUGAGCCCAGAGCGAGAGAAACGUGUGGUUUUCCUCACAGCACGUGUUCACCCAGGAGAAUCGCCUGCUUCUUUCAUCUGCCAGGGUGUUAUAGACUUCCUGGUGAGCCAGCACCCUGUGGCACAAGUCCUGCGUGACCAUGUGGUCUUUAAAAUCGUGCCCAUGCUCAACCCUGAUGGUGUGUACCUGGGCAACUACAGGUGCUCUCUGAUGGGUUUUGACCUGAACCGGCAUUGGCAGGACCCAUCCCAGUGGGCUCACCCCACUCUGCACGCCGUCAAACAACUCAUCAUCCAAAUGAAUCAAGAUCCUAAAGUGAGUCUGGAGUUCUACAUUGACGUCCAUGCUCACUCCACCAUGAUGAAUGGCUUCAUGUAUGGCAACGUGUUUGAGGAGGAGGAGCGUGUGCAGAGGCAGGCCGUCUUCCCCCGACUCCUGUGCCACAAUGCGCCAGACUUCUCUCUUUCUAGUACAUCAUUUAACCGUGACUUGGUGAAAGCAGGGACAGGACGGCGCUUCCUUGGAGGUCUCCUAGAUGACACGUCCUACUGCUACACUCUGGAGGUGUCCUUCUACAGCUUUCUGACUGCAGGCAGCACCACGCCUAUCCCAUACACAGAGGACAGCUAUAUGAAGCUGGGUAAAAAUGUAGCCCGAACUUUUCUGGAUUAUUAUAAACUAAAUAACAUGAUCGAUGAGAAUAAAUCAACAAUUAAUUUAAGCAGUCUGGAUGCUGCAGCUUCUGGUCACCAGGGGAGUAACGCUCGAAAAGGAAAGAAUCAAAAUUGGGACAAAAAUGAGAGAAGAUUCCAAGGAGACAGAGACUAAUGAAAAUGUCAUACAAGUUCCCAAUCAUGAUUAUUUGGUGCGUCUCUGACACUGAAGAAAGGGGAUUUAAUUUACAGACAGUUUCUGGGCUAUCCACCUGUUAUCACCAAUGUUGAGGAAUCUCUACCCAAUGCUAUGGUUUUUACUGUUGUGGCUUCAGCUAUUUGUUUUUUGUUUCUUUUUUUGCUAUAUUAAAAUACCUGGAGCAUGUUUUCUGUGGUUUUGGUGUUGUGUUUUAAAUGAAGCUCAAUUGUACUGUACCUAUUGCUCUUAGGUGAUUAAAUGUAUUCUAUUGGGAUUUGAGUUUGAGUUUACUUUCUGUCAUGUGUCUUAAUGCAUUAGGAUAUAUAUA